UUCAAAUCUUUUUAAAAACACAACUUACUAUAACUACUAACAUGAACAAAUGCUUUUUCUUUCAUCUUAUCUUUCAAAUUAUUGGCAUUGAAGUGAUCGAGAAAAACUUUUUUCAAGAUUUGGACCAUAUUCACUCUACUCGAUAAAAUUUCGGCAAUAACUACCACAAGUUCUAAUUUAAGGAGAAUAUAGUGCCUUAAAUUUGAACGUUGAACCUGGAAAUAAAUUUUGAAUCUCUAAUUAAAUCACUAUACCAACAUCUUAUCUUGUGUUUAGGAAAUUCAAAAUCUAUAUGUACAUUUUUAUUAAACGGAGUUCAGAUGAACACCCUCUCGACCUCCUAAAUCUGCCCCUGACUGGUCCACUCGUUUCAAAGAAAUCAGAUAAUGUAUGAAGUGAUUCAAGUAGAGUCAUAUACCCCCAACAAAAUCUGCGUUGUCCUGCAGGAGUUAUUAAAUUGUACCUACUUGUGAGCUUUUAAUACAAAAAUACAAAAUCCUUAAAUUCAAUCAUUGUCUCUUUUCUCCUUUUGCCAAACUUCCACAUAUAUUCCCACUACCUUUAUUUGGAUAAUAAUAACAAUAUUCAACUUCUCCAUACACUACUUGGUUCAUGUUUCUAAGUUCCAUGAGCUAUCACAAAGUCAACCAUGCAUAAAGCACUUUAGUUCAGUAGUGAAGUCAGAUUUUUUGUUAAGAUUAAUGCUCAAGAAAUUAAUAUUUUACUUAUAUAUACAGUACAAUUUUCUGACAUCACUCAAUGCAUGCUAUGUGGAUGUUAGUGACAGAAACUAUCAAAUGUGGUAGUAAGCUGAGUACAGAUGUUUUGCCACAGAGAGAGAGGACACAUUGUUAUCAUAAGACCAAUGCUCCCAUAGAAAAACCAGAAUUCAGCACCAUUUCUCAACACAAGGAACCUCUAUGGAGAUGGUUUUGUGAACUGGAAAUUGGACAUCCAUCUAGGAAUAUUAUCGAGAAGAUUUUUCUAGCAUCCACAACAAAUCCAUCAAAGCAACGUCGAACAAUAAAGAAAGUUCUAAGGGUGAACAACACCAUUGAUAUGUUGGAAAAAUACAGAGAAACUGUGAAGAAAAGGUCAUUUGGACAGUACAAAAACCAUUCAAAAAUCAGAGUUGAUGGAAAUGAAUUAUUGCAAUUUCAUGUCACGACAAUGAAUUGUUGUUAUAAACAGAUGGAAAUAAAUCCUGAUGAACUCUGCAAAGAUCCAAGUUGUUGUGUUUGCAGGCUAAUUCAAUCCAGCUUCAGAACUUUGUACAACUCGAAAAAUGGAAUUCAAUUAAGCACAAACAGUGAUGUCCCGUGUGAGCACGCGAAUCGCGUCUCUAAGGGAAAGAAUGUGAAGAUAGCUGUGAUAGUUUGCAGGACAAUUGCUGGUAGAGUAGUAAGCAAGGAUGAUGUAAAACUUGAUGAAGAGUAUGAUUCAAUUUCAAUUGCAAGUGGACUUCAAUCAAGGUCACAGUACUUGAUUGUAAAGGACUCAAGUGCUGUACUUCCUUGCUUCAUCAUUGUUUUAGACUGAAUAUAUUCUUGUGUGGAAUUGAUUUUUCUUAAAUUA